UGACGGGUUGAGGAAGGGAGGAAGGAAAGAAAGAAAAACUCAAAUUUGUCAUAACGUUUGCUGCAUCUCUCGACAUUAAGGAUAUUAAAUAUACGACCGUCUUUGUUUGUAUGGACUGUAUCAGAAAUGGCCGAACGGUCUGCUGACUGAAAACUUCAAGCAGCUUCAAACAGCAAGAACUGUCUUCAAGUGCAUGCCUGUCGAUUGCUCUGGCGAUAACGUUAGCUUCCUGGAAAGAAAAAGUGGACAUCUACGUUAAAUCACAAUGGGGAAAGGUUGUAAAGUUGUGGUCUGUGGCUUGGCAUCGGUAGGAAAGACUGCCAUUCUAGAGCACCUUCUAUACGGAAAUCAUGUCGUUGGCACGGAAUCGAACCAAACCCAGGAGGAUGUGUACGUUGCCUCAGUCGAGACAGACCGUGGCGUGAGAGAGCAGUUGCGUCUAUACGACACCAGAGGGCUCCAUGAUGGUGUUGAUUUACCCAAACAUUAUUUCUCCGUGGCCGAUGGGUUUGUGCUAGUGUACAGUGUUGACAGUUUAGAGUCUUUUAAGAAAGUCGAUGCUCUUAAGAAGGAAAUCGAUAAAUCCAGGGACAAGAAGGAGGUGACGGUCAUCGUGCUGGGGAACAAGAGCGACUUACGCGAACGUCGUAAGGUGGAAUCAGACGUGGCACAACAGUGGGCAAGGGGCGAGAAGGUGAAACUCUGGGAAGUGAGCGUGGCCGAGCGCAGUUCCCUGAUCGAGCCAUUUACCACCCUCACCAGCCGCCUGACGCAACCCCAGAGCAAGUCCGCCUUCCCUUUACCCGGUCGCAAGAGCAAAGGUACAACGUCCAACGACAUUUGAGCACAAAAUGGGAAAACUCCAGAACAGCCGACAGACUUUUAACACUACACACCCUUUGAGCAUUGACCCUUGCAUAGCCUACUCGCAAGACCAUAAGAACAUCAUGGGGAAACCAGAAGCGUAAUGAGCAGACGCGGUGGUCAUAGGCCAUGAUGGGCCAUCUUCAGUAGAAGGUUAUCGAUUUUCAGUGUUUCCUUCUUUCAGCAAGACUGUCAGUAGCACUCUGCCAAUUAUUGAUUUACUUUGUCUGUGUAUGAAAUAUUUACAUUAUGUGUGUGAAUGACAACACAAUAUUUAUUAUUUACUCUUUCACCUUACUGUGUAGAAUGCACUGGAGUGGUUAAAUCAAGCAGUAAUUGAGAAAAAGGCAUUUUAUUGAAGACAUCAGUAUGACAGAAUGAGAUGCUGUUCAUCUUGUGCUGCUUUUGUAACUAAGCACCAUAUGAAGGUCAAAGCUGUUAUUGACUGCUCACAGGGAUAACAGUCAACACAUUCUGUGAUACACAAAUGGAUUCCAUAUUGUCUUCGGAUAAAAUGCAAGCUUUACCAGGAGAGCGCUUGCUGCAGAAAUGCACACUAUACAUGUAGCUUCCAUGCUGUUGUCCUUACAUAUGGUAAUCAUAAUAAAAUACAAACAUGCCUUUUUUCACAGCUAUGAACCAUGGGUCUGUUUUUAGUUAUCUAUCUGUUGGCAGCCUACUGAAAAGGUCACAAUGAUCUUAGACUAUAAAAGACUUAACAUAACAAUGGUUAAACAGGCCAUCACUAUGAUUUGCUGGUGAUGUGUGUGGUUUGAAAGUCUAUACAGAAGUUUAU